CAGAGAAAGAUUCUGCCAGCAUGGCGUUCACCCUGUACUCUCUCAUCCAGGCGGCAAUUUUGUGUGUAAAUGCAAUAGCCGUUUUGCACGAAGAGAGAUUCCUGAGUAAAGUUGGCUGGGGUGCGGACCAAGGCAUUGGAGGGUUUGGUGAUGAACCAGGAAUUAAAUCCCAGCUCAUGAACCUUGUUCGUUCAGUGAGGACCGUGAUGAGAGUGCCCUUGAUAAUAGUUAAUUCAGUGUGUAUCGUGUUACUACUGCUGUUUGGAUGAAGAGAAGUUGACAGAAGUGCCACAACACAGUGGAUUGGAUGCAGGAAUAAAAACUCAAGAAUUUGUAAUAUUGGAGUGGAUGAUGUCAUUGCUCUGUGUUCUGCUGUAUGUGUCUGUGAAAUCUUUUUGUAACAUAACCUUACUUCUUCAUAUCUUUACAAAUCACAAAGGUAAACUAUUCCCAUUUCAUUGAGACAUCAUGAGAUGGAUGAAAUGAUUAAAUGGUUUUGAUCAACUGAAUGAAGACAGCACUAUCUGUCACAACUCAUUGAGAAAGUACAGCCCC